AGGACCUCUCCAAGAUGGAUCACUGGGAGGUGGAGAGGGAGUGCAGGAUUUCAGUGCACCGGGAGGAGGAGUCUGGGGAAGACGUCCUACUGGAAGAGGGGGACCUCCUUCGUACCGUGGACCACGCCAUGGCGAGGAUCUUUCGGGACGGCCCCGCGCGGUGGCUGCACGUGCCCCUGGGCGCGCAGGUCUACCGAGCCCCGGAUCUGCUGCCCAUGCCUCGCCUGACAAGGGCAGCGUACGUGAAGCUGGAAGAAGCCGAGGAGGUCUUUCUCAGGCGUCGCAAAGCAGCGGAGACCGGCGUGAUGAUCACAGAGCUCAGCUCAUACGGAGAGCCGUGGGUGGUGGAGCAUGACCAGGUGGUGGUGCGGCGUGGGCCCAGCACGAAAGACCCGCCCCUCGGGGUCAUGCAGAAGGGAGAUGUCGUCGGAGUAAGGCGGCGACAAGGUGAUUGGGUGGAGCUUGUCCAGGACUGCGAGGUUCGCUUCAAGAAGAGGGAGGGCGCAGAGCAGGUGGCCGCCAUCAACCCCUUGCGCCGGCACAAGGCUGGCCAGGCACGUGCGCAAGCUCCCACCGAGGCCUGGAUGCUUGUGGAGCACCCCAGUUUUGGCCAGCUGCUGCGGAGGGCGCGCAAGCGCAAGGGGGGCCUGAGCCACGGGUGCGUGCUGUCGCCUGAGAGGCACACCAUGUAUCAGCAGGUCAUUGAGCUUUGCCACAAGCGGAUUUACAAGGAGAACUUGGACAGCCUUUGGGACGGCGAGGCUGACAAGCUGCCCAGUGUGGAGAGCCUCGAGGCCCGAGUUUACACCAGGUUCAGAACCUUCGUUGGAGACGGCUACUGACAGUGGCUGGGGCCGAGUUCGGCGGUUUACACAUGUUCACACACAUACA